AAUGGACAAAUUGCUCGUUCGGCUUGGCAAGAGAUGCUCAAAUCAUUGGAUCAAACACGCAUGUUGCGCAAUGUGAAGCUAAAAUACGAUGGGCAGAUUCGAUUCGGUGAAGUUUUAUACUUCACCAGGUUGUCAGUUGAAGCUGACCCUAACAAUGAUCGCGACUGGCGUUUUGCAGAUGUGGCCAUCAUUUGCCUGUACUCCCAUCCAGAUGAAGACCUCCUCUGGCUCUCCUCGCAGACCGUUGUAUCUUGCUCCCGACUUGAGGACAUCUAUGUUGUUGAUGUUAAGCAGAUCCUCAGUGUGGUUGCUAUGAUUCCACACACACCAACGUUACCGUCAGGAGCUACGGAGGCCCGAUUUUUUAUGAUGGAGAAGCCAGGAUUAGAUAUCUCGCCUCUCAGUGGAAAUGCCGCUAAUGUCAAUCAUUUGGAUGAUAAUUAUAAUGCUCCAGAUGUAGAGUAG